UGUCAGGGUGGUAGCUUGGAGGAAGUGGAGAGUGGGACCUCUCUCAGAGCUGAUGAGAAAGCUCCCUCACAUUAUCAAUGAGGAAUCAGAAGUCCUCAAGUGGGCAAAUAGAGAAGACGUUGAGCAGUGCCUCAACAAAGAUUUCCUUUUAACUGUCUUAGCAGAAAAGAAGAAGGAGAUCUACAAAGGAAAGGCCAUUCUUACACAUUUUGAUGCCGAGAAACCUAUAAAAGCCUUAGCAGAAGAUGAAAUGGCUGCUUUUGAUGAAUGACUGAUUGAGAAGAAACGUAAAGAAUCCUUGAUUCGGUUUCGUCACAGUAAUCAAGGAGAAGGAGAACCAUCCUCUGCGAAUGAUCUACCUCUAGCUAUGCAGAAGCUAAUCAAAGAAGGGAGGGAUUCACAGUUCGAGGAAACUGUACUUGAGGUAAUCCCUAUAUCCCCCUCUGUUCAUACAGAACCUCAAAUUCCCUCCCCUCCUAAAUCACCUCCUCAAUCACAACCCACACCCAAAAUCCCAACUCCUUUUACCACUCCACCACAAUCUCUUCACCAGAAAUCCCCAUCUCAACAGAAAACUUCACCAACAGACAACCACUCUUCACCCCAACAGAAAAUCACCCCUCAACAGAGUCCCUCCGAUAUCAGAAACCCAACUCCCAAAUCAACCCCCUCCAAGGAGAAAACCCCCUCUAAACAGAAAACUCAAUCCAAACAUUCCACACCUUGUAAACCAACCCAAUCCAACAGAAACCGCUCUCCCUCACCUCCUUUCUCCCCUCACCCUCAGAAAUCUACUUCACCUCAGAAUGUCUCCCCCCACCAGAGAACCCCCUCCCAUCACAAAUCCAAAACUCCAACCCUUCCCCACAGAGAUCAGCACCCAAAGCUGCCAACUCUCACCUCUCACCUCAACACUCUGCUGCAUCCAAUCAGAACCCGGUCAACCUCAAGGUUCAUAUUGACCUCUCUAGCAUUGGUGCUUCUAGCAAUGAUGGAUUCAUUGUUAGCAAAUAAAACAAGGCCACAUCUAAGAAAAGAAAGACUCCUCCUCAGAGUAAGCAACAGCCCACAAGGCCCCCAAUGCCCAAGUCAAGAGGACUGGGAAUGCCUGGUUUUGAAGAAACAGAACCUCAAAUACCAUUCAAUCAGUUUGUUCAUACUGCAGAAGAGUUUGGUGGUCAGGUAUCGGAAGGAAUGGACAAACUCAUUCAGAUUAAUGACAAGCAUUUCGAGCACCUGUCUCAUGUGAAUGAUAAUUUCAACUCUGGGAUGCAGUUCAUUUCAGACCGCUUUGCUGCACUAUCAGAAUCUCUCAACAAUUUCAUGGCCUCAUCCUCUGCCAAAACAGAUGCCCUUUCAACUGAAUUAGAAGGUAUCCACAAAACUCUAUUCACCUUUCACCAGACCUUGAUGGCUCAAGGCAAAGCUAUUGAAACCAUCUCUGGGAAUGUUGAAGAGCUUCAAUGGUCUGAUACUAAGACUAAGGAACAGUUGCUGGACAUUGAGGAACUGUGCAAAGUUCACAGAGAUCAAGCCAGAACUCUCUUUGCUGCUGACAAAGAAAGAUACCAGAAAUUGGUUCUACUUGAAGCAAGCUCUAAGGAUGUUGCCUCAGCUAUUCAGAAGCAAUAGGGUUUGAUAGAAGGCCUCACUUCUGUCACGCAAACUUUGCCAGAAGCCCUUGAGCAAAUUGCUAGAUCUCAGGCCUCAGAAUUUCAAAGGAUAGCUAUGAUGAUCUCUGACUUGGAUGAUGCCAAAAAGGGGGAAGAGGAUCCUCAGCAGAAAAAGAAGCAACCUCCCAGAAUCUCAGCUGGCCCUUCUACUGGUGUUGAUCCAGCCCCUUACUUUCAGGCUUCUAUUCAAAAGAAGAAAGAAGUUGUGGGUAUGGCCAAGCACUCCUUUUCACCUCAAAGAUACACAUCCAAGAAGAAGAAAGCUCUAAACUUCAGAGAAUGGACAUUAGGAGGAUCUAAGAAGAUAGACAAAGCCCAAUUUGAAGAAAUUCAACAGAAGAUGACUCCUACUCAGCGACAGAAUCUCUACCUUGACAGAGAUGGUCGAAUAAGAGUCAGGCAUGGUGGAUCACUGGAGGAAGCUGAGUACUGGUAUCAUAAGAGAAUCCUUCCACGAAAGAACAUCCAUGAAGGUGUCCUCAAUUAUCUUGACUGCAAGGUUUCACCUAUCUGGGCUUCCUAUCAAAGUUCUGGCAAACUCACAAAAAUAAGAGCAGAAGUUAAUGAAGAACUGAAAAGAUUGAAAGAAUUGGAUGAUCAAGCAAUGGCCGCAGCAGCAAGGGAAAACUUAUAAAGAAAUAUCUGUACUCUAUCCCUUAAUAAAAUCACAUCUCUACCUUUCACAUUGUAAGGCAAAUACUUCCUAUCUAUAUCUUACUCUUUAUUGUUUCAAUUGCUAUCUGUGUGUCUUGAUUGUACUCGUACUCUUACUAUUUUUUUUAUGAAAG